AUGCCACCUUGCGGACAGGUCCUCAUGGCCGGCUCCGACUAUUUGGACACUUUAUCCGAAGCAUAUCAAGCACGGCGGUCCAUAGAGGAGUUAUCCAGGAUUCUGGUUGCCAAUGUUUAUGUUGGACUCGUUUCAUUACUGAAGGAUUCCAAUACCAACCUCUCCUUAUUGCUGGAUCAGCUGUUCAGCCUCAAAGCUGCCGCCACAGGAGUCGGAAAUUCCAAGAAGAAGAGGGAGGCGACCUUGCUCUCUGAUCUAGUCUGCAGCUCCGAUAUUCUGCAACGAUUGGAGAAUUAUCUUACCAGCAAUCCCCAAAAACGAGGAGAAGAUCUCUUAGCUAGCCUGCGGGCCUAUCAGAUCGAAUCCAAGCCACUUCACCAUCGGUAUCAACGACGGAGAAAAGCCGCCAAAGGCAAGGAGCCUACAACAGGGCUUAUUGUCUCAGCAGAGCUUCACGCGCACAAAAUGUCGCUCGUUUCACAAGUUCAGGACCUAUUUCCUGAUCUGGGAUCUGGUUUUGUUGUUAGGCUACUUGAUGUCUAUAGCGAUAACCCGGAGACAGUGGUAGCUCAUCUCCUGGAUGAUUCUCUCCCUCCAGAGCUUCAGUCUCUAGAUCGGUCUGAACAACUUCCCCCACAAAAGGAGCCCCAUAGCCAUAUGAUCCCUGGAACCACGCCCCCAAGAACGGCCUCGCCGCCACCAGCAGCAGAGCUUAUGCCAGCUCGAAGAAAUGUUUUCGACGACGAUGUCGACAUUGCUGAGCUAAGCCGCUCUGAUGCUGCUAAAGGCAAGUUGCGAUUCGGCCGUGCUGAUCCUGAUCUCACUGCAGACGCUGUUCUCGCCGAUCGCAGUCAACAUGCCACCAACAAGGCAGCCAUCCUAUCUGCCCUGGCAACAUUUGACUCGGAUGAUGAUGAGCGCGACGACACGUACGACAUUGCCGAUGUGGGCGGGACAGUCGACUCCACUACGGCAGGUACUGACGCUGACGCUGAUGGCGACGCACAAAAUCGACGGAUUGGUGGUGAACAACUUGACAUGCUUCUCUUCCGCGCGUAUAAGUCCAAUCCGGCUAAUUUCGCCCGGGAUUCUACGACCCGCCGCUCACAGCCACGGGCAUCACUCAAGCGCGAGACCAACAUGACGGAUGAGGCGAUCGAGGGUUGGGCUGUGAUGCUCUCACGAGACUCCAGGCGUCUUGCUAAGCUGGAAGAUAAGCUUGCCGUUGAUGCUGUUGGGGCCGGUAGCGGUAUGCUUAACCAGCCGGAACUUGCCCCGACAUCGUAUCGGAAGCCGCAGCAUGGAGAUGAAUCUGAUGACGGCGAGUCAUCUGGAACCCCUGCUGGUCGUGGUGGAAGAGGGGGAAGAGGUGGGAGCGGCCGUGGACGUGGAGGACGAGGUGGUCGGGGAGGGGGUCGCCCACCUCAGUCUGGAGAACAGAACAAUGCAAUCGCCAAUCAACGAAAAGAGCAGAAUAAGGCUAGCCGUGCAAAUCAUAAUCGUCGACAGCAGCGAGCAAAGAAGAUUGCGCGAGGAGGUGGAUUACCGGGCUAA